AUGAACGGCUGGGUGCGCGACGACGCGGAGCCCUCCUGUCGCUAUGGCGCCCCAGUGGAGUGCCCUGAGGCCGCGGAUGCUGCUCCUACACAAGCCCUUGAGGCUGAGCAGCCGCCAUUGGCUCAUGGGUAUGGAAGCAGAGUCCGGGAUGGCGAUGGUGUCAAGGAGGACUCUUGGACGUCCACCGAUUGCAUCGCUGCUGCCGUACCCAUGGAGUGGCGCGGCUCUAACUACUCUGAGAUGGUAUUCCUCCCUCUUUCUUUCCUAACAGAACUAUUCUUGUGUCACCCCCUUCUCUAA